CAGUUGCGUCCAGUGAAGCACUGUUUAAUAAUUUGUCGGUAUUCUGUUUUGCUACACUCAUACGGAAUCCAUUACGAAAGUAGUUAGCACGUCAUCGUUGAAUAGCAUCGUGGAUAAUAUAGUAACAAAGAAGCAACGUUGUUGAAUCUUUAUAUUGCUGAUUUGCACGUUUUCUCGAAAAAAAUUGGGAAGCAAAGCAGCGAAAAUGAAGAUUUUAAUCGCGCUCAGCGCGAUUCUAGCUGUAUGUAAUGCUAGAGUGGUAAUUAAUGCUGUUGAUCCAACUGAUGCUCGCCUUCUGGGCCAAGAGAAAUGUACAUGGGGACCUUCGUAUUGGUGUGAAAAUAUUAAAACUGCAUCGGGAUGUAAUGCCACAAAACAUUGUAUUAAAACAAUAUGGGCGGAUAUGAAAGUACCAGAAGAUAAUGAUAGUGUUUGUGACAUUUGCAAAGAUAUGGUUCAACAAGCUCGUGAUCAACUAGAGAGCAAUCAAACCCAAAAUGAUUUGAAAGAUGUUUUUGAAGGAAGUUGCAAACUAAUACGCAUUAAACCAAUUGUAAUCGAAUGCGUAAAAAUUGUAGAUCAAUAUAUUCCUGAUCUUGUGGAGACAUUGGCAUCGCAAAUGAAUCCAUCAGUUGUUUGUUCCGUAGCUGGUCUUUGUAAUUCAGCUCAUAUUGAUAAAUUACUGAAAGAAUCUACAAUUAAGGUUAAUAAAAUGAAGACUUUGGAUGAUGAUGAACUUGAGCCUGAUGAAUGUACCAAAUGCCAUACGGUUGCAGCACAUAUGGAAUAUAAACUAAAUCACACUCCACGUGAUAAGAUGUUGAAGCAAAUGCUUAAUUUAUGUGCACAAUUUGAUACUUUUACAGAUGCUUGUUCAGCAACAGUUUUGACUUACUUUAAUACAAUAUAUGAUCAUUUACAAAAAAAUUUCAAUACUCAAAAUGUAUGUCAUUUAUCUGGACAAUGCAGUGCUAACUUCCACAAACAUGAAGAUACAGAUAAGACUCCGAAAGUAGAAAUUAGACCACUAUCAAGUGUUGGUAUGGUUGAUGUGAACGAUGAUCUUCCAUGUAAAUUGUGUGAACAACUUGUUGGACAUUUAAGAGAUCUUUUAGUAGCUAAUACUACAGAAGUGGAAUUCCGCCUAGUUUUAGAUGGAUUGUGCAAACAAACAAAGUCGUUCAGAAGCGAAUGUACAUCCAUAGUUGAUGAAUAUUACCCAGAAAUUUAUUCGUAUCUUACAAAAAAUCUAAAUACUUAUGCUGUUUGCCAAAUGUCCGGACUAUGCCCUGUUCCCGGUAAAACAAUUCAGAAUGAACCAAUUUGGCCAUUGGUACCUAACAAUGUAGCAGAAAUUGGAAUACGUAUUUUCCAAGAUUCAGAGAAGAAAUUAAAAAGUGAAAAACAUGAGGAAUUGACUAAAACAGAAGUGGAAGCAAUGCAAUUGCCUAUUGAAAGGAUGCUGCCUUUCCCGAUGUCCAUGGCUCAACAGGAUGUUAAAGGAAAAGAAUCAUGUGUACUUUGUGAAUAUGUGUUACAUUCUAUGCAAGAGUUCAUAACGAAUCCUGUUAAUGAGGAAAAACUAAAACAAAGACUAGAAUACAUAUGCAAGAAAUUACCAGAAAGUGUAGAAGGUGAAUGUUCCGAAUUUGUAGAUAAUUAUGGAGACGUUAUUGUAGCUAUACUAGCUCAAGAAAUUGACCCAUCCCAAGUAUGCCCAAUGUUACGUCUCUGUCCUACUAAUGAGUUAAUGCAAAUCUGGGACAGUAUUCCAGCAAAAUAUAUGCUUGAAGAAACAAAGAAAAAACCUGGUUGUCCAUUAUGUUUGCUUGCUAUAACACAAAUUUAUAAUGUUAUCAAAAAUGAUAAGACCGAGAAAAACAUCGAAUCUGCGCUGGACAAAUUGUGCAUUACUUUACCGCGAAGUUUGUCCGAAGAAUGUCAAGACUUAGUGAAAGGUUACAGUAAAGAGAUUGUAGAAUUGCUCAUAGCAGACUUGACACCUCAAGAAAUAUGUGUUUAUAUUAAAAUGUGCGAUGACACAAAAGACGUUGGCCCAAAAAACACAUUCAUUACCGACGAAAAUGGCGAAAUUUUAACUAAUGAAAUACCAGAUUCUUCAGUAAGCUCUGACAUAUGGCUGCAGAGAGCAAGUGUUAAUUGUGAUAUUUGUAAACAAGCUUUACGUUAUAUUGAAAAAGAAAUUGGUAGUGAUAAAGAAAAGCAUAAAAUUGAAAAUACAGUGCAGAAUGUAUGCAAGCAUCUUCCAAAGACACUUUCUCAAUCAUGCAGUAGUUUCGUUACCAAACAUGGCGAUGCUAUAAUCACUGCUAUUAUAAAAGAUGUUAGCCCCAACCUAGUUUGUGGAAUCCUAGGAAUAUGCACAACAUUCAUGGAAAACGCAUUUCAAGUCACUGAAGCAAAACCAAUAAGUCCUGCGAGUUCCGAGACAGAGUUGGAGGAUGCAGGAGUUGCUACUUUUAUUGUUUGUGAAGCAGCUAUGCGCGUUAUUGAUCACGAACUUGGUAGCGACAAGGGAAAGCAGAAAGUUGAGAAUGCCGUGCAUCAUGUAUGUAACAAACUUUCGAAAAAGUAUUCUGAGUCGUGCAACAACUUUGUUAACAAACAUGGCGAUCAAAUCAUCGAUGUUAUUACAAAAGGUGUCACUGCUAAACGUGUGUGCACAGUUAUAGGAUUAGCCUCAUUACCAGUUGCAGAGGAAUUCGAAGUCACAGAUGAAAAACCAGUAAGUUCUGCAAGUUCUGAGACCGGGCUUGAGGACGCAGGAGCUGCUACUACCCUUGCUUGUAAAACUGCAAUGGAGGUUAUUGAGAAAGAACUUGGUAGCGAUAAGGGAAAGCAAAAAGUUGAAAAUGUCGUGCAUCAAGUAUGUAACAAGCUUCCGAAAAAACUUUCUCAGCCGUGCAACAAUCUUGUUAACAACCAUGGCGAUCAAAUCAUCGAUGUUAUUAUAAAACAUGUCAGUCCCAAUCAAGUGUGCAAAGUUAUAGGAUUAGCCUCAUUACCAGUUGCAGAGGAAUUCGAAGUCACUGAAGCAAAACCAAUAAGUCCUGCGAGUUCCGAGACAGAGUUGGAGGAUGCAGGAGUUGCUACUUUUAUUGUUUGUGAAGCAGCUAUGCGCGUUAUUGAUCACGAACUUGGUAGCGACAAGGGAAAGCAGAAAGUUGAGAAUGCCGUGCAUCAUGUAUGUAACAAACUUUCGAAAAAGUAUUCUGAGUCGUGCAACAACUUUGUUAACAAACAUGGCGAUCAAAUCAUCGAUGUUAUUACAAAAGGUGUCACUGCUAAACGUGUGUGCACAGUUAUAGGAUUAGCCUCAUUACCAGUUGCAGAGGAAUUCGAAGUCACAGAUGAAAAACCAGUAAGUUCUGCAAGUUCUGAGACCGGGCUUGAGGACGCAGGAGCUGCUACUACCCUUGCUUGUAAAACUGCAAUGGAGGUUAUUGAGAAAGAACUUGGUAGCGAUAAGGGAAAGCAAAAAGUUGAAAAUGUCGUGCAUCAAGUAUGUAACAAGCUUCCGAAAAAACUUUCUCAGCCGUGCAACAAUCUUGUUAACAACCAUGGCGAUCAAAUCAUCGAUGUUAUUAUAAAACAUGUCAGUCCCAAUCAAGUGUGCAAAGUUAUAGGAUUAGCCUCAUUACCAGUUGCAGAGGAAUUCGAAGUCACUGAAGCAAAACCAAUAAGUCCUGCGAGUUCCGAGACAGAGUUGGAGGAUGCAGGAGUUGCUACUUUUAUUGUUUGUGAAGCAGCUAUGCGCGUUAUUGAUCACGAACUUGGUAGCGACAAGGGAAAGCAGAAAGUUGAGAAUGCCGUGCAUCAUGUAUGUAACAAACUUUCGAAAAAGUAUUCUGAGUCGUGCAACAACUUUGUUAACAAACAUGGCGAUCAAAUCAUCGAUGUUAUUACAAAAGGUGUCACUGCUAAACGUGUGUGCACAGUUAUAGGAUUAGCCUCAUUACCAGUUGCAGAGGAAUUCGAAGUCACAGAUGAAAAACCAGUAAGUUCUGCAAGUUCUGAGACCGGGCUUGAGGACGCAGGAGCCGCUACUACCCUUGCUUGUAAAACUGCAAUGGAGGUUAUUGAGAAAGAACUUGGUAGCGAUAAGGGAAAGCAAAAAGUUGAAAAUGUCGUGCAUCAAGUAUGUAACAAGCUUCCGAAAAAACUUUCUCAGCCGUGCAACAAUCUUGUUAACAACCAUGGCGAUCAAAUCAUCGAUGUUAUUAUAAAACAUGUCAGUCCCAAUCAAGUGUGCAAAGUUAUAGGAUUAGCCUCAUUACCAGUUGCAGAGGAAUUCGAAGUCACUGAAGCAAAACCAAUAAGUCCUGCGAGUUCCGAGACAGAGUUGGAGGAUGCAGGAGUUGCUACUUUUAUUGUUUGUGAAGCAGCUAUGCGCGUUAUUGAUCACGAACUUGGUAGCGACAAGGGAAAGCAGAAAGUUGAGAAUGCCGUGCAUCAUGUAUGUAACAAACUUUCGAAAAAGUAUUCUGAGUCGUGCAACAACUUUGUUAACAAACAUGGCGAUCAAAUCAUCGAUGUUAUUACAAAAGGUGUCACUGCUAAACGUGUGUGCACAGUUAUAGGAUUAGCCUCAUUACCAGUUGCAGAGGAAUUCGAAGUCACAGAUGAAAAACCAGUAAGUUCUGCAAGUUCUGAGACCGGGCUUGAGGACGCAGGAGCCGCUACUACCCUUGCUUGUAAAACUGCAAUGGAGGUUAUUGAGAAAGAACUUGGUAGCGAUAAGGGAAAGCAAAAAGUUGAAAAUGUCGUGCAUCAAGUAUGUAACAAGCUUCCGAAAAAACUUUCUCAGCCGUGCAACAAUCUUGUUAACAACCAUGGCGAUCAAAUCAUCGAUGUUAUUAUAAAACAUGUCAGUCCCAAUCAAGUGUGCAAAGUUAUAGGAUUAGCCUCAUUACCAGUUGCAGAGGAAUUCGAAGUCACAGAUGAAAAACCAGUAAGUUCUGCAAGUUCUGAGACCGGGCUUGAGGACGCAGGAGCUGCUACUACCCUUGCUUGUAAAACUGCAAUGGAGGUUAUUGAGAAAGAACUUGGUAGCGAUAAGGGAAAGCAAAAAGUUGAAAAUGUCGUGCAUCAAGUAUGUAACAAGCUUCCGAAAAAAGUUUCUCAGCCGUGCAACAAUCUUGUUAACAACCAUGGCGAUCAAAUCAUCGAUGUUAUUAUAAAACAUGUCAGUCCCAAUCAAGUGUGCAAAGUUAUAGGAUUAGCCUCAUUACCAGUUGCGGAGGAAUUCGAAGUCACAGAUGAAAAACCAGUAAGUUCUGCAAGUUCUGAGACCGGGCUUGAGGACGCAGGAGCCGCUACUACCCUUGCUUGUAAAACUGCAAUGGAGGUUAUUGAGAAAGAACUUGGUAGCGAUAAGGGAAAGCAAAAAGUUGAAAAUGUCGUGCAUCAAGUAUGUAACAAGCUUCCGAAAAAACUUUCUCAGCCGUGCAACAAUCUUGUUAACAACCAUGGCGAUCAAAUCAUCGAUGUUAUUAUAAAACAUGUCAGUCCCAAUCAAGUGUGCAAAGUUAUAGGAUUAGCCUCAUUACCAGUUGCAGAGGAAUUCGAAGUCACUGAAGCAAAACCAAUAAGUCCUGCGAGUUCCGAGACAGAGUUGGAGGAUGCAGGAGUUGCUACUUUUAUUGUUUGUGAAGCAGCUAUGCGCGUUAUUGAUCACGAACUUGGUAGCGACAAGGGAAAGCAGAAAGUUGAGAAUGCCGUGCAUCAUGUAUGUAACAAACUUUCGAAAAAGUAUUCUGGGUCGUGCAACAACUUUGUUAACAAACAUGGCGAUCAAAUCAUCGAUGUUAUUACAAAAGGUGUCACUGCUAAACGUGUGUGCACAGUUAUAGGAUUAGCCUCAUUACCAGUUGCAGAGGAAUUCGAAGUCACAGAUGAAAAACCAGUAAGUUCUGCAAGUUCUGAGACCGGGCUUGAGGACGCAGGAGCUGCUACUACCCUUGCUUGUAAAACUGCAAUGGAGGUUAUUGAGAAAGAACUUGGUAGCGAUAAGGGAAAGCAAAAAGUUGAAAAUGUCGUGCAUCAAGUAUGUAACAAGCUUCCGAAAAAACUUUCUCAGCCGUGCAACAAUCUUGUUAACAACCAUGGCGAUCAAAUCAUCGAUGUUAUUAUAAAACAUGUCAGUCCCAAUCAAGUGUGCAAAGUUAUAGGAUUAGCCUCAUUACCAGUUGCAGAGGAAUUCGAAGUCACAGAUGAAAAACCAGUAAGUUCUGCAAGUUCUGAGACCGGGCUUGAGGACGCAGGAGCUGCUACUACCCUUGCUUGUAAAACUGCAAUGGAGGUUAUUGAGAAAGAACUUGGUAGCGAUAAGGGAAAGCAAAAAGUUGAAAAUGUCGUGCAUCAAGUAUGUAACAAGCUUCCGAAAAAACUUUCUCAGCCGUGCAACAAUCUUGUUAACAACCAUGGCGAUCAAAUCAUCGAUGUUAUUAUAAAACAUGUCAGUCCCAAUCAAGUGUGCAAAGUUAUAGGAUUAGCCUCAUUACCAGUUGCGGAGGAAUUCGAAGUCACAGAUGAAAAACCAGUAAGUUCUGCAAGUUCUGAGACCGGGCUUGAGGACGCAGGAGCCGCUACUACCCUUGCUUGUAAAACUGCAAUGGAGGUUAUUGAGAAAGAACUUGGUAGCGAUAAGGGAAAGCAAAAAGUUGAAAAUGUCGUGCAUCAAGUAUGUAACAAGCUUCCGAAAAAACUUUCUCAGCCGUGCAACAAUCUUGUUAACAACCAUGGCGAUCAAAUCAUCGAUGUUAUUAUAAAACAUGUCAGUCCCAAUCAAGUGUGCAAAGUUAUAGGAUUAGCCUCAUUACCAGUUGCAGAGGAAUUCGAAGUCACUGAAGCAAAACCAAUAAGUCCUGCGAGUUCCGAGACAGAGUUGGAGGAUGCAGGAGUUGCUACUUUUAUUGUUUGUGAAGCAGCUAUGCGCGUUAUUGAUCACGAACUUGGUAGCGACAAGGGAAAGCAGAAAGUUGAGAAUGCCGUGCAUCAUGUAUGUAACAAACUUUCGAAAAAGUAUUCUGGGUCGUGCAACAACUUUGUUAACAAACAUGGCGAUCAAAUCAUCGAUGUUAUUACAAAAGGUGUCACUGCUAAACGUGUGUGCACAGUUAUAGGAUUAGCCUCAUUACCAGUUGCAGAGGAAUUCGAAGUCACAGAUGAAAAACCAGUAAGUUCUGCAAGUUCUGAGACCGGGCUUGAGGACGCAGGAGCUGCUACUACCCUUGCUUGUAAAACUGCAAUGGAGGUUAUUGAGAAAGAACUUGGUAGCGAUAAGGGAAAGCAAAAAGUUGAAAAUGUCGUGCAUCAAGUAUGUAACAAGCUUCCGAAAAAACUUUCUCAGCCGUGCAACAAUCUUGUUAACAACCAUGGCGAUCAAAUCAUCGAUGUUAUUAUAAAACAUGUCAGUCCCAAUCAAGUGUGCAAAGUUAUAGGAUUAGCCUCAUUACCAGUUGCAGAGGAAUUCGAAGUCACAGAUGAAAAACCAGUAAGUUCUGCAAGUUCUGAGACCGGGCUUGAGGACGCAGGAGCUGCUACUACCCUUGCUUGUAAAACUGCAAUGGAGGUUAUUGAGAAAGAACUUGGUAGCGAUAAGGGAAAGCAAAAAGUUGAAAAUGUCGUGCAUCAAGUAUGUAACAAGCUUCCGAAAAAACUUUCUCAGCCGUGCAACAAUCUUGUUAACAACCAUGGCGAUCAAAUCAUCGAUGUUAUUAUAAAACAUGUCAGUCCCAAUCAAGUGUGCAAAGUUAUAGGAUUAGCCUCAUUACCAGUUGCGGAGGAAUUCGAAGUCACAGAUGAAAAACCAGUAAGUUCUGCAAGUUCUGAGACCGGGCUUGAGGACGCAGGAGCUGCUACUACCCUUGCUUGUAAAACUGCAAUGGAGGUUAUUGAGAAAGAACUUGGUAGCGAUAAGGGAAAGCAAAAAGUUGAAAAUGUAGUGCGUCAUGUAUGUAGCAAGCUUCCGAAUAAACUUUCUCAGCCGUGCAUCAAUCUUGUUAACAACCAUGGCGAUCAAAUCAUCGAUGUUAUUAUAAAACAUGUCAGUCCCAAUCAAGUGUGCAAAGUUAUAGGAUUAGCCUCAUUACCAGUUGCGGAGGAAUUCGAAGUCACAGAUGAGAAACCAGUAAGUUCUGCAAGUUCUGAGACCAUGCUUGAGGACGCAGGACCUGCUACUUUUAUUGUUUGUGAAGCAGCUAUGCGCGUUAUUGAUCACGAACUUGGUAGCGACAAGGGAAAGCAGAAAGUUGAGAAUGCCGUGCAUCAUGUAUGUAACAAACUUUCGAAAAAGUAUUCUGGGUCAUGCAACAACUUUGUUAACAAACAUGGCGAUCAAAUCAUCGAUGUUAUUACGAAAGGUGUCAGUCCCAAUCAAGUGUGCAAAGUUAUAGGAUUAGCCUCAUUACCAGUUGCAGAGGAAUUCGAAGUGUCUGAUGAAAAGCCAACAAGUUCUGCAAGUUCUGAGACCGAACUAGAGGACGCUGGAAUUGGUGCUUUUGUUGCUUGUGAUGCUGCUCUCCACAUUAUUGACAAAGAGCUUGGUAGCGACAAGGGAAAGCAGAAGGUUGAAAAUGUCGUGCAUCAUGUAUGUAACAAACUUCCGAAAACAGUGUCUCGGUCGUGCAACAAUUUUAUUAACAAGCAUGGCGACCAAGUCAUCGAUAUUAUUACCAAAGGUGUCAGUCCUACAACAGUGUGUAGUAUAAUGGGAUUAGUACCAGCGUCAAUGACAGAGCAACUGAAAGCGUCUGUAGUGGAAUGUGCUUUGUGCAAAGGAUUUAUAUCAGUAGUAGAUGAGCUUUUGGGAAAUUCAAACAUUGAUAAUAAUAUUACAAGUGUAGUAUCUAAAGCAUGUAAAUACUUACCAGCGAGUAAACAGAGCAAGUGCGUUGGAAUGAUAAAGGUUUAUGGUCCGAGUAUAAUAAAUCUUAUAGAACGCAAAACUAUAUCGAAAGAAAUAUGUAGUAAAAUAGGUAUUUGCGCACCUGCUGAUUAUUCGACAGUAUCUUUGGAAGGUUCAAGAAUUAAACGAUCUUACGAAAAAUACGGCAUAAAGCACUGUACAUGGGGACCUGCUUACUGGUGUUCCACAAAUGAAACAGCUUUCGAAUGUAAAGCUGUUGAACACUGCAAGGAACAUGUAUGGAAAGCUGAUUUUGCUCCACCAAAACAAGCUACUUUGAGUGCAGCAGAACCUAAUGCUUAACUUUAUAUUGAUAAAAUAAGUUGAACUACUUCUUCACACAAAGUUUUUGGAUUAUAGAUUGUUUAGUCAUAAGAAUUUCUUGUUUCUUGAUAACAUUACACGAAUGAUAUUAAGAAUGUAAUAUUAAUUUGUAAUGUAACAAUGCACUUUUCUUUAAAAAUAUAAAAAUGUGAUACCUUUGUUAAAA